GAGCCUUGCGGGGGGAGGCCGGGGGUGCGUGGAGGGAGCCCGGGAGAGGGGAGUGGCGAGGACGCAGGCGGUGGGGGGCAGCCCAGCGAGGCGGGCACCGGGCUGAGUCCGGAGGCGGAGAACCAGGAGCUCCGAGCUGCGGGGCGGUGGAGACGCGGAGCCGGGCACCUGCGGGCCUCGGAGGAGAAGGAACUGGGCGGUUCCCCCGGGGACCCCCCGAGUGUCCCCCGGCCAAUCGGCCCCUCUGGAAUGCCCAAGGGACCCGGGCGUCCCGCACCGGCACCGUGAGCGAGCGAGCGAGCGAACCCCAGGAUGGGAUGGAGCCGCCAGCCGCUCCGGCUCGUCAAGGCCCUCCUGCUGCUGGGACUGAACCCCGUCUCUGCCUCCCUCCAAGACCAGCACUGCGAGAGCCUAUCCCUGGCCAGCAAUUUCUCCGGACUGCAGUGCAAUGCCUCGGUGGACCCCAUUGGCACGUGCUGGCCGCAGAGCCCGGCGGGGCAGUUGGUGGUGCGGCCCUGCCCUGCUUUCUUCUAUGGCGUCCGCUACAACACCACAAAUAACGGCUAUCGCCAAUGCCUGGCCAAUGGCAGCUGGGCUGCCCGCAUCAACUACUCUGAAUGCCAGGAGAUCCUCAACGAGGAGAAGAAGAGCAAAGUGCACUACCAUGCGGCCAUCAUCAUCAACUACCUGGGCCACUGCAUCUCCCUGGCGGCCCUUCUGGUGGCCUUCAUGCUCUUCCUGCGCCUCAGGAGCAUCCGGUGCCUGAGAAACAUCAUUCACUGGAACCUCAUCUCUGCCUUCAUCCUGCGUAACGCCACGUGGUUUGUGGUCCAGCUCACCAUGAGCCCAGAAGUGCAUCAGAGCAAUGUGGGCUGGUGCAGGCUGGUGACUGCCGCCUACAACUACUUCCAUGUGACCAACUUCUUCUGGAUGUUCGCGGAGGGCUGUUACCUGCACACGGCCAUCGUGCUCACUUACUCCACAGACCGGCUUCGCAAAUGGAUGUUCGUCUGUAUCGGCUGGGGUGUGCCUUUCCCCAUCAUCGUGGCCUGGGUCAUCGGGAAGCUGAACUAUGACAACGAGAAGUGCUGGUUUGGCAAAAGGCCAGGGGUGUACACCGAUUACAUCUACCAGGGCCCCAUGAUCUUGGUCCUGCUGAUCAACUUCAUCUUCCUAUUCAACAUCGUCCGCAUCCUCAUGACCAAGCUGCGGGCGUCCACUACGUCAGAGACUAUCCAAUACAGGAAGGCCGUGAAGGCCACACUGGUUCUGCUUCCACUCCUGGGCAUCACCUACAUGCUGUUCUUCGUGAACCCCGGGGAGGAUGAGGUCUCCCGGGUGAUCUUCAUCUACUUCAACUCCUUCCUGGAGUCCUUCCAGGGUUUCUUCGUUUCUGUCUUCUACUGUUUCCUCAACAGCGAGGUCCGCUCUGCCAUCCGAAAGAGGUGGCACCGCUGGCAGGACAAACAUUCGAUCCGUGCCCGGGUGGCCCGUGCCAUGUCCAUUCCCACGUCCCCCACCCGAGUCAGCUUCCACAGCAUCAAACAGUCCUCGGCAGUCUGAACAGGUGCCGGGCACCACCGCCAAGAGCUGCCAUGAAGAGAGGAUGGCCAGGGUUUGGCCAGUGCCCUGCCCAUGCAGGGGUUCCCUUCUUUCCACUCUCUGGACCCCAGGAACAGUUAUCCCUGAUGGCCUGGGGGCCCCUCCUGAUCUUCUAUUUGAACAGAUGCUGCUGGAAGGACAGAAAAUGAGCCAGAGGACCUGGCUCCUGGGGUCCUGAUUCCUGCUCCCCAGAUGAUGGAUGUGCAGUGACAAAGUGGAACAGAAACCCCAAAAAGUCUAGUCUAUGACUGACUGUCUUCAGCUGUGGAUGUUCAUGGACAUCAAGGAAGCCCUGGGAAGUUGGGUGCUCUUGGCCUCAGCACCCCAUUAUUAUGGACAAAGCCCUGGUGACAUCACCAGGCCCCUCACAGGAAACUCCCAGGAACCCCCUUCAAUGACAACACUAUGGGAGGUUCCCUGCCUCGCUGCCUUGUCCCCUGGGCUCUAGCACCCUUGGCCACAUGAUCUCCCACCCUGAGCACCCACAUUACGCUCACUUGGUGCCUCCCACCUCUUGCCCAGUGCCCCCCACUCUGUGAGAAGAUGGGAGGUGUGGGUGACCCAUGGUUUGAGAACCAGGCAAUGCCCUAGUUAGAGCCUUUGGAGGGGUUAGUCGAUCUCCCAUGGGACCCAAUGGGGCCAGCCUCAGUCUCCCAUGAGGGCAGCAGCGUUUGUACAAGCAGGAAAGUGAUCCAUGAGGUAACUGGCCCUCAGUCAGUGUUCAUAACCCAUUGUGGAUUGUUCCCCUGAACUCAUGCUCUCCAGAAUGGGAUUUUGGGGUGCUGGCUGGAAGAUGGGGGCACUCAUGUAAAUAAUACUAUUUAUCUUUUCAACCA